ACCUUGGUCUUGUUCUUGCAGAUGUGGAAGGCCUCUGCAGGCCACACCGUGUCCAUCACCCAGGACGAUGGCGCUGACGACUGGGAGACAGACCCCGACUUUGUGAAUGAUGUGAGUGAGAAAGAGCAGAGAUGGGGAGCCAAGACCGUGCAGGGGUCGGGACACCAGGAGCAUAUCAACAUUCACAAGCUGCGAGAGAACGUGUCUCAGGAGCACCAGAGCCUCAAGGAGAAGGAGCUGGAGACGGGACCCAAAGCCUCGCAUGGCUACGGAGGGAAGUUCGGCGUGGAGCAGGACCGGAUGGACAAGUCAGCUGUCGGCCAUGAGUACCAGUCCACGCUCUCUAAGCACUGCUCCCAGGUCGACUCCGUCCGGGGCUUUGGAGGCAAAUUCGGUGUUCAGGUGGACAGAGUGGACCAGUCGGCUGUGGGCUUUGAGUACCAGGGUAAAACUGAGAAGCACGCCUCGCAAAAAGACUACUCGAGCGGCUUCGGCGGCAAGUACGGCGUGCAGGCGGACCGUGUGGACAAGAGUGCCGUGGGCUUCGACUACCAGGGCAAGACGGAGAAGCACGAGUCCCAGAAAGAUUACUCCAAAGGCUUUGGUGGCAAAUACGGGAUUGACAAGGACAAAGUGGACAAGAGUGCUGUUGGCUUCGAGUACCAAGGCAAAACGGAGAAGCACGAGUCCCAGAAAGACUAUGUGAAAGGGUUUGGAGGAAAAUUUGGUGUGCAGACAGACAGACAAGACAGAUGUGCCCUUGGCUGGGAUCACCAGGAGAAGGUGCAGCUGCACGAGUCCCAGAAAGACUAUAAGGCCGGUUUCGGAGGCAAAUUUGGUGUUCAGUCCGAGAGGCAGGACUCGUCCGCUGUGGGGUUUGAUUACAAGGAGAAACUGGCCAAGCACGAGUCCCAGCAAGACUACUCCAAAGGCUUCGGUGGGAAAUACGGGGUGCAGAAGGACCGCAUGGACAAGACUGCGUCCACAUUUGAAGACGUUUCCAAGGUAUCCUCCACCUACCAGAAGACAGUCCCUGUGGAAGCAGUUAACAGCAAGACCAGCAACAUCAGGGCCAACUUUGAAAACCUGGCGAAGGAGAGAGAACAGGAGGACCGACGGAAGGCUGAGGCAGAGCGGGCGCAGAGGAUGGCCAAGGAGAAGCAGGAGCAGGAGGAGGCCCGGCGGAAGCUGGAGGAGGAAGCCAGAGCCCAGAAGCAGACGCCUCCCGUGUCCCCCACGCCCCAGCCGGCUGCCGAGGAGCCACCUUCCAGCCCCGUGUACGAGGAUGCUGUUUCCUUACGGGCAGAGUCUGCCUACAGAGGCCCCAGCAGCUCCGCACAGGACCCUGAGCCCGUGUACAGCACGGACGACUACUGCGAGGCUGAGGUCCCUACUGCCUAUGCCCCCGAGGCUGUCUACGAGACCACCAACACCCAGGCCCAGUACCACACAGAGGAAAACACCUAUGACGAGUACGAGAACGAGCUGGGCAUCACGGCCAUCGCCCUCUACGACUACCAGGCUGCGGGUGACGAUGAGAUCUCCUUUGAUCCCGAUGAUAUCAUCACCAACAUCGAGAUGAUUGACGACGGCUGGUGGCGUGGGGUCUGCAAGGGCCGCUACGGGCUCUUCCCAGCCAACUACGUGGAGCUGCGGCAGUAA